AUGUCCGGAGCGCUCUUUACCGUCCCCAUCCUCCCCUGCGGCCCUCACCCCGGCGGCAGCAUCACCUGCGCCGAGCCCCAGCCCGCCACCUACGUGCUCACGUUCGCGUCUCCCCCGGACAACCGCCUCACGACCGCCUUCUGCCGCGCCCUCCUGCAGGCCCUCGACGUCAUCGAGUUUGGCGGCUACAAGCCCGGCGUCGUCAUCACCACCAGCGGCAUCCCCAAGUUCUACUCCAACGGGCUGGACCUGGAGCAUGCCAUCAACACCGACGGCUUCUGGCAGCUGUUUUACGAUGUCUGGGUCAGAUUGUUGACAUACCCCAUGCCUACCGUCGCGCUUCUCAACGGACACACCUUCGCCGGCGGCCUCAUGCUCGCCAUGGCCCACGACUACCGCCUCGCGCCCUCCCCCAAGGGCUUCCUCUGCCUCAACGAGGUCCUCUUCGGCGCUCCGCUCAAACCCCCCAUGGCCGCCAUCUUCCGUCACCGCCUCACGCCGCAGACCUUCCGGACCCUGGCCCUCGAGGGCUGCCGCUUCACCGGCCAGCAGGCAGUGGAGCAUGGCAUCGCCGACGCCACAGCUACCUGCUUGCAGGAUGCCCUGGCCUUUGUCGGCGACAGACAGCUUGCGGACAAGCCCAAGGCCGGCGUGUUCGGCGUCAUCAAGACGGAGCUGCACAAAGACCUGCUGAGCGAGCUGCGGAGGGAGGGCGUCGACCGCCAAGAAGGCAGGUUCAAUGACGACCAGAGGCUGGAGGCCGAGCGCAAGGAGUUUGGCAAGGUGUGGUAUGCCCAAUGGGCCAAGGACAACAAGCCCAAGUUGUAA